CAUACCCCAAGCGGAUACUCAAAUUUUCCAACGUUCCUGUCUAACGGUCGAAUCCGAAUCCUUUAAAAAUCCCAUCUUUUCUCCUUCCGUGUUGCCCUGCUCUCUCUCUCUCUCUUGCUCUCAUACAUACUCAUAUUCUCCCAUCCACUUUCUCGCAUUGGUCUCCAUAAUAAUUUGCAGAGCUAAAGAAAAUGCUUCUUCAGCAAUCGCAAUGGAGCAUGGGGGCUCCAACUGGAACCAGGCUUUCAAAAUCGGCUCCUUCUUCUCCUCUGAAACCCAUCGGCCGGACCAAAUCAGAUGCUUUCCAUGUCGCCCACAAAGUGCCAGUCGGAGAUACCCCUUACGUAAAGGCCAAGAGGGUUCAGCUUGUCGAGAAAGAUCCCGAGAGAGCUAUCGCUCUCUUCUGGGCUGCAAUCAAUGCCGGAGAUAGAGUCGACAGUGCUCUCAAAGACAUGGCUAUUGUUAUGAAGCAACAGAACCGAUCUGAGGAAGCCAUUGAAGCAAUCAAGUCAUUGAGAAAUCGCUGCUCUGAUCAAUCACAGGAGUCCUUAGACAAUAUCCUUUUAGAUCUUUACAAGAGAUGCGGCAGACUGGACGAUCAGAUCGCUCUGUUAAAGCAUAAGCUACUCAUGAUACAGCAGGGGCUAGCUUUCAAUGGGAAACGAACCAAGACUGCUCGCUCACAGGGGAGGAAAUUUCAGGUCUCCAUCGACCAAGAAGCUACUCGUCUACUGGGGAACCUCGGUUGGGCUCUGAUGCAGAAGGAGAACUAUACUGAAGCCGAAGCCGCAUACCGAAAAGCUCUAAUGUUAAGUCCAGACAACAAUAAGAUGUGCAAUCUGGGAAUCUGUUUAAUGAAACAAGGCAGAGUUGCAGAGGCCAGUGCCACUCUCAAGCAGGUCAGGCCAGCCCUGGCUGGAGAUGGCUUACGAGGUGCUGAUUCCCAUCUAAAAGCCUUCGAAAGAGCACAAGAAAUGCUUCGUGACCUUGAAUCAAAGAUGCAGAAAACGAAUCAAACCAGCAACUACUUUGAAGCCUUAGUGUCUUCAUUGAUUUGGCAACCACAGCCCUGCAUCGACUACCACCAUGAUGAACGCUUUGCUGAUGAGAAUUUACAGAGCUUAAGCGCAAGAAAUGCUCUUAACAUAGACGCGCCUCCAUUUUAUUCAAAAAUUAGGAUUGAGAAGCAACGGGAAGAGGUCUUGGGAAAUCUAAAGAGGACAAGAUCAGGGAUUUUGAAUGAGAAGCCUGUAAUUGAGAAUGGCGGAGGUAAAUGGCCGGAUUUGCCGGAGGAAGAUGAGUUCCAGGAGGCGAUAUUGGCGGCCGUGCUGGCUCCUGUGAUUGAGAAUGACGGCUGUGGAAGUCAGGUGAUGGGGGAGGGGAAGAUGGGCAAGAGGCUGAGAAUCUUUAGCGAUAUUACUCGGAAUCUGAACGCCAUGAAGGAAGGCUGAAAAUCUUUGGUGAUAUUACUCGGAAUCUGAACGCAGUUAAGGAAUGAAAUUUCAAACCUUAACGGCUAUUUUUUGGAGAUUUCCUUUUUCUCCUUGUGCUGAUUUAGUUGUAGGUUGGCUGUUUUGAUGAUUUGAUUGUUUAAUUUUUACUCAUAAAGUGGUGAUGAUAAUAAGAAUAAAUAAGUAGAUUUGAUUAUUACAGUGCUACAAUUUUCUUGGUGAUGUUUCUAUUAUCUCUUUUGGCAUAAGGGGAAAUUUCUAGGUGACAUGGAAUUUCAAAAUUAUUCUAUUUGACAUAGAAGGGGGAUUUCUAAGUGAGUGGUAGAGCACAUAGGUUAAUAUCACUAAUGGUGCUAAAAGAAAGGCCAAGGGUCUCACAUUCAUCUUAGGUAUUUCAAAUUAAAUCAUGAUGCUCA